CACAAAUGCGCGGUUCUCGCACUGUCUCUUCAUUCACUAUUCUAUUAGAACAAUAAUCGCGAAGAGCAAUAUAUCAUGCUAGCUCUCGGAGUACUAGUGUUGGCCCUCCAUAUCUUCGGCGGUGCCUUCGCAGCGCCUUCCAAACUCGUCCUCGAUACGCCUUUCCAAAAUGAUCAAAUCAAGUUUGGCGUGUUCUCUGAGCCUACCACCGUUGACAAACCCCUGACCGGUAAUAUCGCCUAUGAACUACGAGAGACCGAACGAACAUUCUUGCUGAACGUACCCGAGAACUAUGUUCAUGGGAAGGCCCACCCCCUUGUGUUCAGCUUCCAUGGCGCUGGCGGUUACAGCGAGAAACAACAACGUAUCACAGAGCUCUCAGAUCCCAGUCUUAAGAUUGCGGGCAAGUCUUUCUUGACCGUCUAUGCACAAGGUGUGAACAAUACGGAUUGGAAUAUGACUCACAUCUGGAAAGGGGCACCAUACGAAAACACCACAGUAGACGAUAUCGCAUACGUCUACGAUAUUCUCCGCACCGUAUCCUCCUCAUACACAAUCGACAAAUCUCGUCUCUACGCAUGCGGUAAAUCCAACGGCGGGGGAUUCACCGCCCUCCUCGCCUGUCGACCCGACACAUCCGCUCUUUUCGCAGCUUUCGCUCCCGUCUCCCCAGCCUUGUAUCAAGGAACCUUCGCCUUCCACGGCUGUCAAACCGAGAGGGGGGUUAACAUUUUCCACAGCCAUGGCGUUGAAGAUACCGAUACGCAAUAUCACGGUCGAACACCCGAGGGCGGUAGUUUUGGGCCGGAGCCGGAUGUGAGGCAAUGGAGGAGGGAGUGGGCAGAGAGAAAUGGGUGUAAAGGUCGUUGGCCUGGGCAGUGGGCGGAGCCAAAGGUGGAAGAGAUAUAUCCUGGCGUUUGGGAAGAGGUUUGGGAUUGUCCAAAAGGUGAAGUGAAGGCGUUGAGUAUUGAGAAGCUGGGGCAUGCCUGGCCUUCGACGGCAGGUUGGGAUCUGGCGGGGUUCCCCAACCAAACUGCCAACUUUAACUUUACUAAUCCUCACCUUGUUGACUUCUUUUCGGAACAUCAGUUGGUCUAAUUUGCAGAAAGUCUGGUAUAAUACCCUAGUAGAAUAACGCAACUAAAGUUAUGUCACGUGUAC